CUGUUGCGGCGCCACCGGGCGCGCGGGUAGGGGGCGGGGCGCGCGCGGGCUCCGUGCGCAGCCAGCCGUACUCGCAGCCGCAGUCGCCACCCAGCGAACGCCUCACCAUGCCGAAGAGAAAGGUGAACGCGGUGGAAGGGGAGGUCUUCGAGGAGCCCAAGAGGCGAUCUGCCCGCUUGUCUGCUAAACCUGCCCCUGCCAAAGAGGAGCCAAAGCCAAAAAAGCCAGCAGCAAAGAAUAAAUCUGAGGACAAGAAAAUUCAGUCAAAGGGAAAAAAAGGACCAAAAGGAAAACAGAUUGAGGAGACUAACCAAGAACAGACAAAGGACAACUUGCCUGCAGAAAACGGAGAAGCUAAAAGUGAGGAGGCCCCAGUAUCUGAUGCAGCAGGAGAAAAAGAACCCAAGUCUGAGUAAUAUCUUGUACCAAGUCUUUUAUUGGUGGUCCCUGUAUUUUCCUUCUUGUACAAUUCAGAGGAAUAUUUUUAUCAACUAUUUUGUAAAUGCAAGUUUUUUAGUAGUUCUAGAAAACACAUUUUUAAAGAAGAGGAAUCCCAACACAUCCCAUUUUUUUACAUAUUUAGAUAAGUGUAAAUGCUUUUUUUAAGAGGUAAAAUCAUGUACCGGUUGUCUGUUUUCUGUGCAACCAGAAAUUAAUGGAAUGUGAGAUUAGGGGGAGGCUUUGAAGUCUUGAUUAGACUUAACAUUCCAUGAGCUGUGAGGGACAGUUUUUAUAUCCUAUUAAAUGAAGCAUAACACAGAUUAAAUUUUGGAAUCAUAAUGGGUUGAAAAUGUCUUACCAUUUUAAUUACAUAUCAUCUAUACCCACUGUAUCAUCAGUAGAAUUACUUACCUAAUAAAACUGCUCCCUGGUGUUGGAUCUCCCUUUCAGAAUUGUGUAUUAUCUGUGACAAAAUUUAUUUUUGGUAGUAGUAGUUUUAUUUUUUUCAACAAACUUGUAACUGUGCUGUGAAACAUUGGAAAUCUGUACUGGGUGUGUAGUGAGUGUGUCAUUAAACACUGAAUAGGAACUUUCUGCUUAGCAGACUUCUAACAACUUCAUAUGGCAGUGUUUGAGAUGCUGGUACUUUGUGUCCACUUCUAAGGGACAGGUCAUCUUCAAAGGUUAAGCUGAAAAGUCACUGGACAAAGUUUAGAAAAAUGGAAAUGUUGUGGUUUUUAGAUUUAAAAUCUACAAGAAUACAAAAUUGUACAAAUUGUUCAUAGUGUGUCUGUGUACUAAUCAUCAAACAAGAGGCAAAUAAAUCUUGGUUUAUAAAGAAUGUUGCCACUGCAUUGUCUAAUAAUGACUCGAUAUAACUGACAGGUCUGCUCAGUGCAUGUCUUCUAACAAAAUUCAAUACUUGUAUUUUUCACAAUGAAUGUUGACAUUAUGAUCCCUGGAGAUGUGGAAGAGAGGAGUUUGUUUGUUUUUUUUAAAAUCUGUGAUUUUUACUAGGGCUGACCAGCUACGAAGCUGCUAACUUAAUGCUUUCAGUUGUUUUACAAAUAAAGAGCUUCUUCUGCUUGCUGAACAUCAGCUUCCUCCCCCUGUGCUGCAUGUAAAUAUUGUGUGUGUCUGUAUCCUGAUUUAAAGCUGUGCUCUGGAGCUCACAUUGACAGUGCAACAGAAAUCUGCUCAGGUAAAGUCUUUAGAAACAAAUGUUUACUUAAAAAAGAAGACCACUUUUCCAUGCUGUCCCAUUCCAAAAAGAAAGACUGUUAGUUUUUGGUAUGCCCUAAAGUUGCAGUUUUGUUGUUUCACAGUUUGUUUUUUAUCCUAGAUCCAGCAAAAAAAAGUCAGCUGGCUUGUUAACUUACUAUGCUGUAUGAAGUUCAUUUUCAUGUGGUAUUUUGAAAAUGAAUAAAGCACAUUUGUGAUGAGAA